AAAUUAAUUUUUCCAUUGAUUGAAGUUCAUUCCAAAACAAUAAUUAAUAAUAAUAACCUGGUCGCUAUAAAUUGUAAAUACGAAGAGCAGGGGGGGCGUUGGAGUGACGCAAAAAGUUGCGCCAAAAAGCCUAGAAUCGAUGGAGAGGCUUGUGAACGCUUUCUCUGUGCUGGAGCUUGACGCCGAAGAUGAUGAUCAAACGCGAGCCAACUCCAAUGCUUCCAUGGCCAAGGAAGGAACUUCCCGUUCUGGAAAAAAAGAAAAGAGGGUUAAUGGCUCAGAUAGCAUACAUGUAGAAAAAGAAAAAGAGUGCCGUCCUAAAGAGAACAAGUUUCCCUCGCCCCUUGUGUGGAUAGAUUUGGAAAUGACUGUUCUAUGUAUGUCAGGUUUAAAUGUUGAAGUUGAUCGAAUACUAGAGAUCGCCUGUAUAAUUACCGAUGGCAAAUUGACCAAAUCAGUGGAGGGUCCUGAUUUGGUUAUUCACCAAACUAAAGAGUGUUUAGAUCGGAUGGGAGAAUGGUGUCAAAGUCAUCAUGCAGCUAGUGGGUUGACGAAAAAGGUGCUCCAUAGUACAAUUGGUGAAAGGGAAGCUGAAAAGCAGGUUGCAGAUUUUGUAAAGAGAAAUGUUGGUACAUACAGGCCUCUUUUAGCAGGAAAUUCUGUUUAUGUGGAUUUCCUUUUUAUUAAGAAAUACAUGCCAGAUUUGGCUAGUCUUUUCUCCCAUGUACUAGUUGAUGUUAGCAGUGUGAAAGCUUUAUGCAUGCGAUGGUAUCCUAAAGAUCAGAGAAAAGCCCCUGUUAAAGAACAGAAACAUAGAGCCAUGGAUGACAUCAGAGAAAGCAUCCAAGAACUCAAAUUCUACAAGGAGAAUAUAUUUAAAGUAUCCAAGUCUAGAAAGUGAUGACAUUUUAGCUUUUGUAUGAAUGAAUAGCUUUUGGUAUAUUUUCCAGUGUACUUCCAUACUUAUUUGGAAUAGGAUCUAGGCCUUAUGUAAAUUAGAAGUUCGGUUCUGAAUAUUCACUUCUUCGACCACUGGGGAUUAUGCAAUUGUAUUUUGUAUUGGGAACCCAGAAUUUUGUGUUAAAAAUUGUGUUAGCAUGUUGUAUUUGUACCUUCACCAACUUCUAAUAAUAGACCAAGGUGUUGAAAUUGCCUAUGAA